AUGCAUCCACGGGUUCUUGGAGAUGUUUUACUUGUCUUCGCCCACCCAGAUGACGAAGCCAUGUUCUUUUCCCCAAUGCUUGAAUAUUUGAGGAGCAAUGGUGUGAAGGUGCAUUUUCUUUGCCUUUCAAAUGGAAAUUUUGAAGGGCUUGGUGCCGUUCGCGAAAAAGAACUUCAGCUCAGUGCGGAAUGCUUUGGAGUUCACCGAAACAAUGUCAGAAUUGUCAAUCAUCCGCUCUUACAAGAUGGAAUGAAUACGUUUUGGGAUGUUGAUCUCAUUCGUCACGAGGUUUCCUCCUAUCUCAAAAAAGCAAAAAACGUUCGUACAGUCGUUACUUUUGAUAAAAAGGGAGUAUCAUCACAUCCAAACCACAUAGCAGUGUAUAAUGGUGUUGCCUCAGUAAAGGAGAAUAUGCCUCCUGGAAUUGUGUUUCUAAGUUUACAUACUAGAAAUUUAUUGGGGAAAUAUAGUGGAAUGCUGGCUGCUGUUAGGUAUGUAUUUUUUUCUCCUCUGGAAGAAGAUCAGCGCCGUUUUGUUAUCCUUAUUCCUCCUGCAUCCUUACUUGCGAGUCUUCGUGCAAUGAGAAUGCACAGUACACAACUAGUUUGGUUUCGUUAUCUCUUUAUUCUGUUUUCUUCCUACACUUAUAUCAACGAGAUGGAAGAGCUGAAAGGAACUUAA